AUGAGAAGAGGAGGAUCAGAGAAGAAGAAGAAGAAGAAGAAGAAGAAGAAGAAGAAGAAGAAGAAGAAGAAGAAGAAGAAGAAGAAGAAGAAGAAGAAGAAGAAGAAGAAGAAGAAGAAGAAGAAGAAGAAGAAGAAGAAGAAGAAGAAGAAGAAGAAGAAGAAGAAGAAGAAGAAGAAGAAGAAGAAGAAGAAGAAGAAGAAGAAGAAGAAGAAGAAGAAGAAGAAGAAGAAGAAGAAGAAGAAGAAGAAGAAGAAGAAGAAGAAGAAGAAGAAGAAGAAGAAGAAGAAGAAGAAGAAGAAGAAGAAGAAGAAGAAGAAGAAGAAGAAGAAGAAGAAGAAGAAGAAGAAGAAGAAGAAGAAGAAGAAGAAGAAGAAGAAGAAGAAGAAGAAGAAGAAGAAGAAGAAGAAGAAGAAGAAGAAGAAGAAGAAGAAGAAGAAGAAGAAGAAGAAGAAGAAGAAGAAGAAGAAGAAGAAGAAGAAGAAGAAGAAGAAGAAGAAGAAGAAGAAGAAGAAGAAGAAGAAGAAGAAGAAGAAGAAGAAGAAGAAGAAGAAGAAGAAGAAGAAGAAGAAGAAGAAGAAGAAGAAGAAGAAGAAGAAGAAGAAGAAGAAGAAGAAGAAGAAGAAGAAGAAGAAGAAGAAGAAGAAGAAGAAGAAGAAGAAGAAGAAGAAGAAGAAGAAGAAGAAGAAGAAGAAGAAGAAGAAGAAGAAGAAGAAGAAGAAGAAGAAGAAGAAGAAGAAGAAGAAGAAGAAGAAGAAGAAGAAGAAGAAGAAGAAGAAGAAGAAGAAGAAGAAGAAGAAGAAGAAGAAGAAGAAGAAGAAGAAGAAGAAGAAGAAGAAGAAGAAGAAGAAGAAGAAGAAGAAGAAGAAGAAGAAGAAGAAGAAGAAGAAGAAGAAGAAGAAGAAGAAGAAGAAGAAGAAGAAGAAGAAGAAGAAGAAGAAGAAGAAGAAGAAGAAGAAGAAGAAGAAGAAGAAGAAGAAGAAGAAGAAGAAGAAGAAGAAGAAGAAGAAGAAGAAGAAGAAGAAGAAGAAGAAGAAGAAGAAGAAGAAGAAGAAGAAGAAGAAGAAGAAGAAGAAGAAGAAGAAGUGA